AUGGACACGGUGGCCACCGUGCAGGGUAUCUUCCUACCUGCCAUAAGCUCUGAGCCCAAGCCAUGCGUCCAACCCUUUGACUCCAGAGCUGCCACCUUGGCCACCAAGAGAAGUCGCGAAGCCUGGACACCUGAGAGCCCCGACUUCAUCUCCACCAUGGAGGAUGAGCAGGAAGAUGGUUUUCCAGCGCCGCUCAGUGAGAGCACGGAGGACCUCAGCCUGGAUUUGGAAGCCCUUCAGGGCAGCGAAUAUCUCCAGGACCUGGGUCUAGGGGCCGCUUCACACAGCCAGCCUGGGGAGGCCAUGGGCAGCACCCCCCGUAACAAAGAAGGUGGAAGAGAUUCGCCCUUGUCCAGCUCAGCAGGGGCCCAGGUCCUGCCAUGGAGACGGAGACGGAGACGGAGCUGGGAGAGGUCCCGGAGCUGCUCAGGGAGCUGGCAGAGGCUCAGCCUUGAUGCUUCAGCCUCGGAUGCGGGACCCUGUCUCCCUCGGACACUGGCUAGCCUUACUCUGAAUCUGUCAGGAGAGGGGCUGAAAACUUGGACCCAGCGGUGUCUGUCUGGGGAUGAGACCCCAGCAGAACACCCAGGCAAGAAAUGUGGCAGCCCCCAGCCAAGAGUGAGGUCCAGGUCAGUUCCCCUGUCCUGCGAGGAGAUCAGCUCCCUGGAACUUGCUCCUGGCUUGGAAGUGCCAGCCCCAUCUGUACAAGGCCUGGACCCGCCCGUGCUGGAGUGCCUGGAAAAGGACCACGUGGAGCCAGACCAGGUGUUGAUUGUUCAGCAAGUGCUUCAAGAACUUCGCCAGUACCAUGGGGCCCGGCAGAGGGCUCGCAUGUCCUGCAGCCCUGGGGAUGCCCAGUCGAACCUCACCUGGUUUGAGUUCCUGUCUGAGAGCGAGGAUGGUGCCAGCAAGAAUGAGAAGAACGACAAGAGCACCAGGGUGAAGCGUAGUCUGAGCUCCCUCCGCAGCCGGGUCACCAGGCAGAAGGAAAAGGGGAAGAGCCCAGCACAUGUAAAGGACAAGACUCAGGAAGCUCGAGAGAGGCGGGAAUGUGUCAACGGACACCAGCUGGUGCGAGGAACCUUCCUGGGUCACUCCAGCUGCCCGCUCUGCAGCAAACCCUUCCUGAGCUCCGGAGCCGAGCCCAGCCACUGCUCUGCAUAAACCUCUGUGACUUCAGCUUCAGGGAGAAAGCAUCAACCCCAAGAGCCCCAAAGGCCCCCGACAGGACCUUCACAACAAGGGAUCCUCUCCAUUCAGUGGGACCCCAGACCAGGGACCUCCUGGAUGUCCCCUCGCUGCCUCCCUGCCUCCAGUGAACAUUAUCCAGCAGCACCAUGCCCCAGGCCGUGCCAGCAGGGAACAGCACAGAGCCCCCUCCUCCAAGGAGACCCCUCCUCAAUAAACAAAUACUGUCCAAAUUCACCUGCUGGGUAAAAGAUCUCUGUGACCCCAGAUCAAUACUCGAGAUGCUUUCUUGGCCCUUCACAUGUGUCCCCAGGGCAGGUCCCAGCUGGGGGGAGCCGGAGGCACCUGCCUUCUGGUUUCAGCUCUCCUGUUGGAAGGGUGUGCCCUCCUCGAGGGCUGCGGAGUGCCAGGCAGUUCACAUUUGUGUGCUUUUCGUUCAUGGCUUCAAAAUUGAACCUGGCUCCCAAGCAUAGUGCUCAGGCACUGUCCAGUGUCCCUUAGGGCAAUUGGGCUGUGACACACCUCACAGAAACAAUGUGUUCGCCAGAGAAGCUCCACUUGGGCCCGUGGCUGCUGGCCACGAGUCCAGCAUGGGUGGCUUAACGGUGUAUAUUAAAUGAGGCAUCUUGGGGUGGAAACAUCAGUGAAGGUCGAGUAUUGACAGGAGGCUGGCAGGAGCCUACCCUGCUUCCCCUGGGAGGUGGGUGCAGUGUUCUCUGGUUCGCUCUGCCCGGUGACUCAGUAGGCUGAGAGUGCUCAGAGGAAAACUAAAACCAGGCAGGGAACAGGUGUGUGUGCUGGCUGGGGACAUUUUAAAUUGUGCAGUGCAGGGGCCUUGGUGACCCAAAGGAGGUGGCACAGGCAGAAGGCGCAGUCAGUCACCAAACCCUGCUACUUUUUAAUGCCACUGUUGGCAUAAAAAUCGCUGCCAUCCACUUUGAGCUUUUUGGGUAACUUUUAUUUUAAAAGAAUUUGAGUUUUUUUUUU